UUGGACAGGAGAAGGGAAGUUAGUUUCUCUCAGAUUCUGGGAAUUGAAUGUAGGUUUCGUUGAAGGUUGUUACUAAUAUAGUGAUCUAUAAUAGUAUGUUGCAAUCCCAUAAAUGAUCCUGAUCUACUGAAAUGUUGCGUCUGAACGGCGUUUUGUUGUUUUGGACUCUCUGUCAUGUCCUCAGACAAGCAUGGUCUGAGGAUGAGCUGUCAUCUCCACGGGACGUGCGCGUUGACUCUGCUGUGCAUUGGAGCCCCGUCACAGACAGGCCAGGGAUAAAGUACACGGUUCAGUACAGGACCAGUGACCGCGAGAAGUGGCACAACAUUUCGGGCUGUGUUCAGACCGAGCUCACCACCUGUAAUAUACAGUCUGGAUGUGUGAUGGCGCGAGUCCUGGCUCAGGAAGGGAACCGCACGUCCAGACCCGUCGAAGCCUGUCGACAUGCUGAUUCUUGCAGCCCUGAAGUCCAGUUGACCUCCAAGGAAGGACUUCUGAUGGUCCACAUGGUAAAGAACAACCGUCUACUGGAGGAUAACGGAGGCCAUUUUGAAUACAACGUUCAAUAUGGCCGAGACGGGGAGGAGCUCAAACAGGAUCUUUACACCCCCACAUCCCGUAUGACCAUCAAACAUCUGGAUGUGGGCCGGAGGUACUGUGUACAGGUCCGGUAUUUAUGUUACCAAAAACCCUUUGGAAACCCCAGCGUUCAACAUUGUGAGUCCAUCCAAGAGUCAGAAAGGACAAAGAAAAAGAAGAUUGUGGCGAUUGGUGUGACCUCUACCAUCCUGUUGGGUGUCUUGGUAGUGGGCCUUAUGCUCUUCAUCUACAGGCACCAUAAGAAAAUCAAACAGUUCCUUCAGCCCCCACUACGGUUACCAGACCACUAUUGUGAGUACCUGUCAGGGGUGUUCCCCCAGCAGGCCCUGUCCCUCACAACCAGUCCCUGUGAAGAACGCCAUGAUCUCAUCUCCAUCAUCUGCCUUGAAGAGGACCUGAUUCCUGAGUCUGACAGAGAACAGGAUUAUGACUCAUCUAAUGGACUGGAUUUCUUAGAUCAUUAUGAAUGAUCCUGUUUGAGAUGAACUUGAUAGCGUCAGAACAUUAACUAGGGGCGGCAGGUAGCCUAGUGGUUAGCGUGUUGGGUCAGUAACCGAAAGGUUGCUGGAUCGAAUCCCCGAGCUGACAAGGUGAAAAUAUGCCGUUCUGCCCCUGAGCAAGGCAGUUAACCCACUGUUCCCCGGUAGGCCAUCAUUGUAAAUAAGAAGUUGUGAACUCUAGUGAACUGAUUUGCUUAGUGAAAUAGUUUUAUAGUAGGCCUGGCUAUUGCACUGUUUCCACUCCAAAGGCUUUGCUUAGCAUCAGCUACCAACAUUAUUGUUGAUCAAAAGAAAACUAUUUUACUAUAAAGUAAACAUCUGUGGGUAUUUCAGUUUGCUCUGCAACCGGGGCCAGAGAAAGGUGCUUGUGUCUCAGUAAUUACACCUACCCAGUAGCUGGAUAUUCAUUGGAUAAUAAUAGGUGCAAUCAGGUAGUCCAGCUAAAAAUAGAACCGCUUUCUAAAUCAUUUUAGGAAAGUGCUGAGGCUUUCUGGAAAAGUAAGAAAGUGUCCUUGGGCCAGGACUUAAAUUGGGGAUUUUUUGUUUGUUACAUUACUGCUGUAUAUUACAAAUCUGUACAUUUCACACUACUUCUAAGUAUAAAAAAAAAUAAUUAGAAUGUUUAAUGGGGUACUUUGGGAUUUGAGCAAUGCUAACUACCGUUAAUGACCGUAGUGCAAUGACCGGGAAGUUCAUGGGUAUCUGCUAGCAGGUAAUGUUACGAACCAAUUAAAUUACAUUUUCCCUGGGGUGUACUGUAUGUAUGUUCAAAUGUCUUACGUGUAAAAGUGUGUUGAGACCUAUAUGCUGUCACUUUAUACGUUCUCCUCGUACUAAUUGAAUUUAUUUUUUAUAUCGAUUGUAUUUCUUCUGUCAAAUCCUUUUUAUUACUUCAUGCUGUUAAUAAACGUUUGGACACAGUAAA